AUGGGAGCUUUGUUUCUAAACUAUUUCUCUACUACAUCUAAGAAGCUUGUGAAGUCAUCAUCAAGUAUGCAUGAGUACUGGUGCUAUGCCACUGCGUCGUCGUGGAAGACUCAGAAGAGCAUGAGCAUUGUGCGUUGCCAAAGCGGGGGCAACCACGCAAGUUCCACUGGGUUGUCUUCUGUUCGAAGUGAAAGUUCUGUCCCUGUGAGGACAAUGGCUACCGCUAACGAUCAUAGCACAGCUCUGGUUUUGCCUCCCAAUAUUAACACCCAUGAUGACCAGACGCUGGUCAAGGAUCUGGUUUCUUUUGUUGGGCCAACCACCACCCUGAUGGGGUCCCAUGAUGGUAUUGGGAUUGUAAGGUUUCUUAAAGGAAAGCAGUUUCUUAUCACUGGUGCAACUGGGUUUCUAGCGAAAAUUCUUGUUGAGAAGAUUUUAAGGACAGUUCCCGACGUGGGAAAGAUCUAUCUCAUGAUCAAGGCGAAGAACAAGGAAGCUGCAAUGAACAGAUUGAAGACUGAAGUCAUAAACACAGAACUUUUCAAGUGCCUGCAACAAACCCAUGGGAAAUCCUAUCAAGCCUUCAUGUUGAGCAAGUUGGUUCCUGUUGUGGGAAACGUCUGUGAAUCUAAUCUUGGAAUGGAAACAGACUUAGUACAGAAGAUUUCAGAAGAAGUGGAUGUAAUUGUGAACUCAGCUGCCAAUACAACCUUCGAUGAGAGGUAUGAUGUUGCUCUUGACAUAAACACACAAGGACCUCGUCGACUUAUGAACUUCGCGAAGAAAUGCAAGAAACUAAAGCUCUUUCUGCAGGUAUCAACCGCAUAGUUUGUUAAUGGCCAGAGGGAGUCCAGAUUUCCUUCCCACGAGAACUCUACCCACGUUUGCCCACAUAACAUCGCAGCCACACAUGGAGAAUAUGUCAUCCUCUUGCAUAAUAUUAUGUAG